AUGGAGGUGAAUGACGCAUUCCCAACUGUGAAUUCCAGUUUUCAAGAAGAUCCUACACCAGGUCGAACUUUUGGCGCCAAAGCAGGGCUUCUGGAAGUUGUAGCAGAAGUUCCAAGUCUAAGUGCUGCAAAAACGGCCAUAAGAAUUGGCAUCACCUCCAGAUCACUAAAGAAGCUAGGUGCAAAAAGGAAAAAUCAUGGUGUUUGGAGUAUGAGCAUGCCAGACUUGAACAAUGUUGCAACAAAACGACGCCAGACUGUACGUGCCAAAAAGCUACUAAAGGAAGAAUAUGUGGGUUUUGUCGGGGGCAUCUCUAGCACUGGAAUUUUGCACUUAACACUAUUCCAUCCAGCCGACGAAAAAUGUGCUGCUGCUAUAAAAACUGUAGAACUCGAUGAUGCCUUAGGAGGCUUUCCUGUUCAAUAUCGAGAAGUUCAAAACCACGAAUCGUCGGUAUUUUUGACGUAUUUCAAGGAAGGAAUCAAGUAUUUGGCUGGUGGGAUAGAAUCAGCUUUACGGCAUGUUGGUGAUGUAUAUGAGUCAUCUUGGAAGAAUCGCCUUUUUCAGUGUAAAGGAAAGCGUACUGUGCGGUGCACACAGAUACCAUUUGAAGCGCAAAACCUUAACCUUGGCGAUGUUUUUAUCGCUGAUUGCGGCAAAAAAAUUUUCGUGUGGAUGCCGCCUGAAAGUAACCGUUUAGAACGGAUUCGUGGAACAGAACAAGCGAAAAGCAUACGAGACCGUGAGAGAGCUGGGAAACCAGAAAUUGAAAUAUUAGAUCAGGACUGGAACACAAAUGACGAGUUUUGGGACGUCAUGGGUGGAAAAGACACAAUCAAGAAUUUAAGUUUAGCUAAAUCUUUCAACAACGACAGCAGUUACUGGCUGACUUCGGAACAACAGCUUAGUUUGUGGAGAGUAUGUGACGAAAAUGGCGACAAUAUCACUAAAGUAGCUGAAGGAGAGUUUAAAAAAGAGUUUCUAGAUAGUAAGGAUGCAUUUAUCCUAGACGCAGUUAAUGGUGGUGUUUUCGUAUGGGUAGGUAAAAAAUGCACAAUGAACGAAAGACGGAAGGCUGUACAGUGGGCAGAAAAGUACAUUACAGAUCAGAACCGGCCAUCUUGGACGCAGGUGGUAAGGGUAUUAGACGGUGCUGAGCCAGAAAUAUUUACUCAGUGGUCAUCAUCCUGGACAGUAUCGUCAUCAGAAGGCGGUAAGACCAAAAAGCGAAGUCGCAAGCCCAAAUUGUUCAACUGCAGUGAUGAGAAGGGGGAUUUGGUGAUAGAAGAAAUUGCAAACUUUGGAUAUGAGGACUUAGACACUGAUGACGUUAUGAUUUUGGACACUUUAAAAGAUAUUUUUGUUUGGAUUGGAAAAGGCGCAAACGUGAACGAAGUUAGAGGUGCCAUGAGCACGGCUCAGGCUAGUUUCUUCACUAUUUACUUUUGUCACGAAACUAAAUAUUUAAAAGGAAACCUGAUACCGCGACCGAGUAACGCAAAGGUUACAAUUAUUUUGGAGGGCGAAGAAAGCGACGAAUUUAAGGAAAACUUUAAAAAUUGA